AUGUUAAUUAAUAUUCUUAGACAAACAGUUAUUGUUGAGAUAAACAGAGUUUUGUGGAUUCAUUCCAAUCAAAAUGAUAAAAUAAAAAAUUCUGAAUUUUUUGGAACAACAGUUGAGAAGUUGGCGAAUGAUUCUUUAUCUAGAUUUAUGAAAUUGCCAAACAAAUUCUCUGUUAAAGAUGGAAAUAAUUGGAAAAAUUCCAAAAAUGUAUUUGCUCGUAUAUCUCCAGCCAUAGCUGAAAAUGUCUUUCAUCAUGUAAGACACAUUAGACUAUACAAUUACGGAUUAGAACUUCCAUUACUCGAUUUUAAUUGUCCACAAGGAUGUGAAAAAGAAUGGGAUAUUUGGAAAUGGCUAUUUUUUGUUUCUCUACUAAUUACCUUCCUUUUUCUUGUGUUACUUUCAAUAUUUGUUGUAAUUUUGGAUAUUCGAGAGAGAUCUUUAUUGGUAUUAGAAUCUGAAGGGCCAAUAGAAAAUAUUAGAAUGGUCAGAAUAGAAGAUGGGAGGGCAAUUUUAGAUGAAAAAGAUUUGAAGAAAAAUAAAUUUAGAAUGCUUGUUGAUAUUAAUUAAUUUUAAUUAAUUAAUUAACUAACCCCGUCCUGAAACUUUUUCAAAUUUUUUAGUUUUUAAUGUACUUUUCGGGAUAAUUCUGAAAAUGUCGUUCUGGAACAGGUCGGGGUACAGUUCAAUUUAUAACUAGUCAAAAUUAACGUGAAUGAGCUAACGGAUGGUUCCAUACCAAAAAGAAAUAAUUUUAUUUCAAAAUUGUUAGUUAAAUAUAUUUAUAAAUUAAAAUAAUUUUGAUUAUUUUU